UACCUAAGGUUAGCAAUAAACAAGAAGAAAAGUGUAAAAACUUGGGGCUAUAGAACCAGUUUUUUCUAAGAAGUUGUCGUUCUGUUUUGGUUCCUCAACCCUAACUUCGUCAUUGUAUUUCCUUUGUGGAGAAGAGUUCCAAAAGUCAUCUUCUAAAAUACGAAUCGUGUUGAAAAGAUUGAGAAAUUGCGGCCAAAUAGGAGAUCAGCGAACUGAGGCUUCUCUUAACAACAACAACAACAACAAUAAUGAAGAAGACAAAAAUGUUUGACCAUAAGAAGCUAUGGAUUUUUCGAAAAAAUGGCCAUCACUGCAAGAAGAAAAAAGAUGGCAAACUGUCAAAGCAGCUCAUGAACACUUAAAAUGCUGCCAACAUUUAGAGUUAUUGCUAGAAAGCAUCCUAUCGAUGUUUCAGAAUAAUAGAAUAAUUGAUUCAGCCUUUUGGGAUUGCAACAAAGGUUACUUUCUUGGAGAUGAAAACUUCUGUGGCAAACUUCUUGUUUUCCAAUCUGAGUUAAGAUUUGAAGCUUAUUUAAAAGCUUUAUGGCGCGGAUCAAGCCUCAAGCUCUUUUGCAACAAAGUAAAAAGAAAAAGAGACCGAGUGGGAUCAGUGUCACUUCCAUUCUAAUUUACGCCCUAAUUGUUGUUGUCAUGGUGUUUUUCCUUUACUCUUCCUACAGACAUUGGUCUAGGAGGUCACAAUUUCAUAUGGAGAAUGCAUCAUUAGGUGUAGAGCACGAUAAUAUGUUUGGUGAUAUAGAGAAGGCAGUUGUCAUCCCCAAAUAUGCUGUGAUAAGUACCUCAAAAGGAUCAAUAACCGUUGAACUAUACGAUGAAGGUUCUCCUCAUGUUGUUGCAGAAUUUAUUGACUCAAGUAAGAAGGGACGCUUUAAAGGAAGGCUCUUUAACCAUGUAAUAAAGAACUUUGUCAUCCAAGCAGGUGAUGUUGAUAGACCUGGAACAGUUGAAGAUUGGACUUCAAGGGGAAAACAUUAUAAUCAACUCGACACAAGCUUGAAGCAUGAAGCUUUUAUGCUUGGUACUUCUAAGGCAAAACAGGAUGGCAGCGGAUUCCAUCUUUUCAUUACAACUGCACCAAUUGCAGACCUAAAUGAGAAAAUUAGUGUAUUUGGACGAGUUGUCAAGGGAGAAGAAGUUGUACAGGAAAUUGAAGAGGUGGACUCAGACGAGCAUUAUCAGCCUAAAACACCUAUAGAAAUCAUCGAUGUGAAUUUGAAACAAAAGAUUUAAUGGAUGUCGGUCGGGUUUUUUGACUGCUUUCUGUUUAUAUGAUGAGGCUGUCCCCGCCAUCAAAGACACAGCCUCUUAUGGUAAGAGUUGAGUUGUUCUUUAUCACCUGCCCGUUCUUGUUAAGUGCAGGUUUAAGUUCUCGCUUCUUAAGCACAAGGACUUCGUUUAUCCUGUUUUUACCUUUUUUUCGUCUCUUUUUUCAUUUUUAUUUUUAUUUUUAUUUUUUCAAUUUUCUGAGUCUGUUUGUUGAUACCAGAUUUCAUUUUUUGCAUUCCUUCUUACAAAGUCAAUAGUUGGUCCUUCUGAUUUGAGCAAGAUUUUUGAGAAUGAAGCCUUUUCAAAAUUAAAGCAUCUACUUUAUACUUGGACCAACAUUCAAGUGCUCUUAAAUUCUUGGAUUAUCAAUCAUCCAUUCUUUAAUUUAUGUCUCCAUGUAUGGAUUUUCCCAUAAAUAUAUAUUACAAAGUUGGGUUGUACCCGAAGAAGUUUCGACUGAAAAUGUAUCCCUAUCGUUUGAACUCCCUACACGUCUCUACCUGUCUCCCACGCCCGCACCCAUGUUCUUGCUAACUUCAUUUUCAUCAAGGAUUUCACUCCUCCCAACGAAUGCUUGAAUCCAGAACAACUGUAAUUGAAACAUUUUGCUUCAUGUGCAUGUGUAACAUAGUUCAUCUAUUUUAAAAUAUAUAGCACGAUCCAGCAAAUGAUACAAGCUUAAAAAGAUUCAAUAUGACAGUUGAUAUUUCUUUUGA